CAAAAACAAUAAUGGCGGCGAGUUCCUUAUCGUUUUGCGCUAGAAGUCUGUGUUUAUUUCCUUCUCAGAAAUUUCGAUAUUUUUGUACUCAAGGUGAUUCACACACCGUUCACGUUCCUGUGAUGUUGAAAGAAUGUCUCAGCUUUCUUUCUCCUCGUGACGGACAAGUAAGUCGUUUUUAUUCUUUUUUUAGCUGAAGUCAUGGGUGUCUAGAGUUUCGAUUUUCCUUGAAAUCGAACCCAUAGUAAUUCUGUUGUUCCUGGUUUUGGACAAGGUUUCACAUACUUUUAAAUGGCAUAUCUUUUGACGCUCUUUCACUGGCUCUGGCUUCAAUUUUAGUCCUCAUUAGCUAGCUGUCCCUUGUGGAAUUAAAAAAAUUGCUGUAGAAUUUGCAAUUUUAGAUAAGAGAAGCCGUAGUUAAUGUUUACGUCACCUUAAUAAGACCUAGAUUAAAAAUUUACCAAAAUAAACUAAAUCCAGCAGUUUAUUAAAGUAAACCUUUAUACCAUGAUUACGUUGGUUUAGUUUGUACGUGUAGUGAUACAAAGUCCAAGAUGCUGUUACUGACGAUUGAAGUCCUGAUUUAGUUUUUUCCUGUUAGUUAUAUGUCUUGAGUGUGACUCAAAUUUGUCUUUCAAACAAAAAUUUUCUGCUUUAUCAAGGGAUUCUGCACUUAAAGGACUUUCUCCACAUCUCUCUGUCUUGCCUUAGUUUAUUACUGCAAUUUGCAAUGGUUGACAAAUGGCAUGUUUUGCUUGCCUUUUGGGAGAGAAAGGAAGGAAAAAAACUUUGUGGUCAUUGGACAAAAAUGACAACAAAAAAAUGCAAUUCUUUCAAAAUGUUAGUUCCAAAUGAAGAACUAUGAUAUUCAGACAACUGGGUCGGCUGGGACCCCUUUUAACAGUGUCUUUUAUCAUUAGUUUUCUUCUAUUUCUGUCCAAAUAACCCACUUUAAAGUAAGCCAGGCAAUUAGGGCACAAAAAACUUAAUGACACCCUAUCUUGUGGUUACCUCAUAAGACCUUAGAGAGGUCCACACCAAAAGGCCAAGGCCCUGUUUCUCAAAUCAGGUAUCUCUACAAUUCAAGUUUUCAUUUGUUUAAAAAAUCUGGGACAGUUGGGACAGUGAAAUUAUUGAUUGUUUCGGAAUAACCCAACUUAAGUAAACCGGCGUUAAUGGUUUAAGUAGUAAGAUGAGAGUCUUUUGCACUUAACCUACAUGUACACUGAACAAUAGUUCAUCGUGUUUUAUUAUUCUUAUAGUUCAAUGUUAUAAACUAAGGGUAAUGGAAAGUUAUCACUAUGAUAUCUUUUAUUGUCUUUUGCCAUUUUAGGUGUUUAUAGAUGCAACAUUUGGAUCAGGGGGACAUACAGCAGCAAUCCUGUCAAGUGCAAAAUGUAAAGUUUAUGCCUUUGAUAGAGAUCCAGAUGCUAUAGAAAUAGCAAACAUCCUUUCAGAAAGACCUGAAUUCAAAGGAAGACUAAUUCCCAUGUUGGGGAAAUUCAGUAAUAUCUUUGAAAUUUUGAAAAGCCAACGUGUUAAGAAGGAGUCUGUAAACGGAAUCCUCCUUGAUAUUGGUGCAUCAAGUGUACAAUUUGACAAUCCAGAGAGAGGGUUUUCAUUUUAUAAAGAUGGUCCUCUUGAUAUGAGAAUGGGAGAGAGAGAUGACAUGCUGGAGUCAACAGAAGGCAAGAGGUUGCUGAUGACAGCAGCUGAUGUGGUGAAUUCUAUCAAUGAAACAGAACUUACUGCUGUUUUGAGACAGUAUGGACAAGAAAAAGAAGCGGGUUAGUGGCAUUAACUUCCAAAUGAUAAUAGAGGAUACUACCCCAUUAGGUACUAGCAAUGUAACAAAAUUGUGAAAGCUGGAAAAUACUACCUUGUGGAUUAAUUACUAUCUAUUGGAUGAGUGUUAUUAAAAGAGAAAACUUAACUCUCACAGUACCUUUACAAUUGGAGAGUAUAAAUGAGUGCUGACAAAUUGUCAGGAACUGUUAGCAUCCCAUCCAGGAGUGGUUCAUAUAGCAAUACUCCUUGUCACCUCAUUUAUGGGGGGCUAAAUAUGCUCUAAAUAAAAUAUUAACUUCUUUUGAUUGCUUAGUGGCUUACUUUAAGUGUAAUAUGGCCUAUGGCUCUCUUGGAUUAAACCUUGGGCAAAGAUUUUCAUACACAUUUGUGUAUGCUAGAGGAAGAUACUUUACUCUUGCACUGCUUCUCUCUUAACCCCAGAGUACUCGUGGGUUAAAAGUGAACUUUCAGGAAAGCCAAUCCUGGUAACAGUAGGGAGGGUAAUCUGAACUGGAUAAGCACCCCUCCCAGGUGAAAAACAUGGCUCAUAGUGGGUUUAUGUAGGCUGGAUUACCAGCCUACAUAGAUUACUGCUUGUUUGGGAAAAAAGCCAGUGCUCACCCCUCCCCUCUCCCCCCCCCUCCCUCCCCCCAUUGUUCCUUCUUGGAAGGAUCAAGACUGUACUCAAAAAAAUGGCGGAAAUUGAGCUAAGGGUCUAUGUUUACUCACAAAAAAUGGAAAGAGAUUCAGCACUGUGGACCAGUCCACCAUAGUGCUAUAAGUAUAACGUAUGCCUUAAUUUUUGUUUUUCAGUUCGCAUUUCAAGAGCAAUCGUCAGAGCCCGGUCAAAGAUGCCGAUACUUUUCACAAGACAGUUAGCAGCCAUUGUGACUGCUGCUGUUCGUCACAGCCGGUCGGACAGAUUUGCCCGACCCAUUCACCCAGCAACGAGAACGUUUCAAGCAUUGCGCAUACUCGUAAACGAUGAGCUAAAUGAACUUCAGUGCGUCCUAAAAGCGGCGCAUAAACUUCUCCGUCCUGGCGGGCGGCUAGUGGUCAUUUCAUUUCAUGCUUUAGAAGACUCUAUUGUUAGGCAUUUCUUUAAAGAUGCGAAUUCUGAGGUGAGUUACACGCGAUCCAGAACAAACGUGGCGGGCAAAGCGAAAACAAGCGCUUGGUUGCCACUUCAUAAGAAAGUUAUUUAUCCCACCGACGAAGAAGUUUAUCUCAAUCCUCGAUCACGAUCUGCUAAAUUACGAGCUGCUGUAAAAGUGGAUAAUUUAGUAAUGGAUUUAACUGAACUCACCAGCUGGUUAGACAAGAAUUCAGGGGAAACGUUUUGCAAUGGUUCAACUCCAGUCUGAACAUCUUUGGAGCAUUCAAAGUGGGAAACUGUUACUCUUUUUUAUUUCCUGAGAGAAGUGUCCAUUUUUUGUACUCAAUCGUGGCUGUUUUAAUGGAUUGGAUUCUAUUUAUUGGGAGUAUUAAGAAAAACAACUCUUUGGUAAUUUUGUAUCAAAGGGUGAAAUGAACUGGCAAGUUUUGAUCUUAUCGUCGACUGUAAAUGCUGGGAAUGUGAAGGAAACGAGAGGAAACAUUGAAUACCAAAAAAAUUAUUUUAAAACGCAAAAAAAAGCUUCAAUACAGCGUUCUUAGAAAAAAAAAGAACGUGUUAAUUUACAGGGUUAUGAUAUACAACUUUAACUUAAUUUCUUUGCUGUUACUUUGGAUAAUCUUCAUCCAAGUGAUUUCCUUCCUUCCUCCUUCCCCCUUUUCUCUCCCCUCCUUCCUUUCCUGUAGUGGUUCCUGCGAUGAUGGAAAAAGAAAUGGCAUUUAUAAGUUUUAUUAAUACUGGUCAACUCUAGUCGAUAGAGGGAGAAUAUUUUGGCUUCUUUACGGUUCGAUACGGUACUCAUUUAGGGGAGACACUCACUUCUUAAUUGCUUUCUAUAUUCUGCCUUUAUUCAUCGAUCAAGUCUCUAAAAUAAGUCG